CUAAUCGAUGAGCCAGAGAAGGAAGGUGGUUCGGGUGGUGACCAGAGAAGGAAGGUGGUUCGGGUGGAGAAGGAAGGUGGUUCGCUGGGUAAUUUCGGAGCUCAAUUCGCUUUCGCUGUUCACGCUUCCUUCCUCGCUUCCGGUUUCGACCUCACUGCCACCAAACGGCCUGCCUUCGCCAACGACGCUCUCUCUUCGUCUCCUACCCAGGAGGUUGGGAUUGACGGCUGGAACGAAUUCGAUGAGGAAUACGCGUUUGUCUAUGCGAAUCCUGAGAAGGGAUCGAAGAAAGUUUUGGUUAAGUGCUUGGCGAUAGAUGAUAAACUUCUUGUUGAUGCACUAGCUGAUGGUGAAACUGAACCUCCCCAUCUCGAGAUAGAAGUUGGGAAAUACGCUGAUGAGCCCAGAGAGGGGAAUUACGCUGCACAGUACAAGGAUUUUGGCAAAUUUUAG